GAGCGCGCCCCCAGCGCAGUGCCCGCGGCGACCGCGGCCGUGGCUGGUGCUCCGGAGCGUGGCGGGCACUCUCCGCCCGCGCGGGGGCACCAGAGCCCUCGGAAGUGUCAGGCACUGCGGUGCAUUUUCUCAGUUCCCUUUUAAAUGACUGCGGAAAAACAGACUCUCCGAGCCGCAAAUGGAAAGACGGAUUCUCAGACAAGGCUUGCGAAUGCCCCGCAGCCAUCAUUUAACUACGCCCGCAGAGCAGUUACGGUGUGUCACCCGACCCUGCCGCAUCUCCUCAUUUGUCCCUAGUGAGACCCCGAGGCUCUGCCAGCGCCAGGUUUCUUGGUAGCUGGGUGCAUAAGGUGCGCCGGGCCCCGCGGGCGCAGGGCACGCGUUUGCGCACACCCGCGCACACAUGAACACGCGCAAGAGCUGAACCCAGCCCGGUUUCCAUUUCAAAAAGGGAGACAGCCAGCCUCUGCUGCGAUGGUAGAAGACACGGUGUGAAUUAGGGACCAGGAGGCGUCAAGCAGCGGAACGGUUCAUCUCAGAGCCUCGAGGUGUGUGCCGGAUCCCUGUGCGCCUCUAGCCAGAAGCCUGCGCCUCGGAGAGUCCCGGGCAGCGCCCGGCGCGCCGGGCCAUGCAGCGACGGCCGCGGCGGAGCUCGCAGCGGCGGUAGCGCCCCCUGUGAGGCGGCCCGCGAUGCCCCGGCCGCUGUGAACUGUGCAGCCCGCCCGAACGCGCGCCGCCCGGGCCGGCUCAGCCUUGGGCACUCUGGACUGCGAGCGGCCGCGACGAGCAGCCAGGAGUCGAUAGAGCUGCAGGCGCGGGGAAGGCCUGCCCGCACAGGUGGGGGAAGCCGGCCGGUGCAGCAGCGCGGGGACAGACACUCGGGCUGGCGCUGGCGGCGAGGGAUGUCGUCCUGGACGAGGUGGCGUGGACCCGCCAUGGCGCGGCUCUGGGGCUUCUGCUGGCUGCUUGCGGGCUUCUGGAGGGCCGCUCUCGCCUGCCCCACGUCCUGCACGUGCGGCGCUUCUCGGAUCUCCUGCAGCGACCCUUCCCCUGGCAUCGUGGCAUUUCCGAGGCUGGAUCCUAACAGUGCAGAACCUGAGAACAUCACCGAAAUUUUCAUUGCAAAUCAGAAAAGGUUAGAAAUCAUCAAUGAAGAUGAUGUUGAAGAUUACGUGGGACUAAAAAAUCUGACCAUUGUGGAUUCUGGAUUAAAAUUUGUGGCUCAUAAAGCAUUUCUCAAAAACAGCAACCUGCAGUACGUCAAUUUUACCCGAAAUAAACUGACGAGUUUGUCUAGGAAACAUUUCCGUCACCUUGACUUGUCUGAGCUGAUCCUGGCGGGCAAUCCAUUUACAUGCACCUGUGACAUUAUGUGGAUCAAGGCUUUCCAUGAGAGUAAAUCCAGUCCAGAACCUCAGGAUUUGUACUGCCUGAAUGAAAGCAGCAAGAAUAUUCCCCUGGCAAAUCUGCAGAUACCCAAUUGUGGUAUGCCAUCUGCAAGCUUGACUGCACCUAACCUCACCGUGGAGGAGGGAAAGUCUAUCACCUUAUCUUGUAGUGUGGCAGGAGAUCCAGUUCCGAUUAUGUACUGGGAUGUUGGUAAUCUGGUUUCCAAACAUAUGAAUGAAACAAGCAACACACAGGGCUCCUUAAGGAUAACUAACAUUUCAUCUGAUGACAGUGGAAAGCAAAUCUCUUGUGUGGCAGAAAAUCUUGUAGGAGAAGAUCAAGAUUCUGUCAACCUCACUGUGCAUUUUGCACCAACUAUCACAUUUCUCGAAUCUCCAACCUCAGACCACCACUGGUGCAUUCCAUUCACUGUGAAAGGCAACCCCAAACCAGCGCUUCAGUGGUUCUAUAACGGGGCAAUAUUGAAUGAGUCCAAAUACAUCUGUACUAAAAUACAUGUUACCAAUCACACGGAGUACCAUGGCUGCCUCCAGCUGGAUAAUCCCACCCACAUGAACAAUGGGGACUACACUCUCAUAGCCAAGAAUGAGUAUGGGAAGGAUGAGAAACAGAUUUCUGCUCACUUUAUGGGCUGGCCUGGAAUUGAUGAUGGUGAGUACCUGAUGCUUUUGCAUGUGGGGAGAGGAUAGGGUGUAGCACUCAACCACUGACAAAAUCAUGUGAACAAUAAACCAUCCACAAACCCAGAGUCUUAAAACUCCAUUAUGUGGUCUCACUCAUGGGUCUGUAGGUCAGCUAGAGUGGUUUUGUUCCAUAUAUAUUUAUUCUGGCAUGCAAGGUGAAGAAGAAGCAAAUACUGCUUCUUACGCAAGUAGGAGAUCUGCUUCUUAUGCAAGCACAGAAUGAACAAGGACAACUGGAAAUAUGUAUGUGAGGCUUCUUAAGGGCUAGGUUCAGGGUUCUUCAGUCUGUAUGCCACUGGCUAACAAAGCAAGUCUUUGGGCCAAAGCCAGGUCGAGGGGCAGGGAAUUGUACUCCUCCUAAGAAGGUGAGGAGGGGAGUGAAUACUUUUGAAUAGUUAUCUGAUAUAUACAAGAUUACUAAUUAUUGUAGAGUGCUUGGAUAUUUCACGAGACAAGGAUUAUUAUCAUAAUCACAAGUGUUUAGUGAGAUUUUGUACCCGUGAUGGUAAAACUCAUGCAAAAACAUAAACAAAGGAACUGUGUUUGGUUGGCUUAUGAAAUAUUUAAGAUUUAUUUUCUAGCCCCUUAUCCGUUGGAAUAGAGAAUCCUGCUUUCUUAUUCACGAGCAGGAAACCAGUGUUCUGGACUGUUUUGCUUAUCUGGGUUGAGUUGACCAUCACCUUAUCAGAUCCUGAGUUGUUUUUCUAGGAGUGGUGAUGGUAUCUAUCUGGAGCUUGGCUUGGGGAAAGAUCGCUAGCAUCAGGGGUCCCCUAUGUGGCCAGGAGGAGAGAAUCACCGUGAGCUUCAGUAACAGUGGGACAAUUGUCCUGUGUUCACCUGCUUCAGAUAAUGUCCUGCAGUAGAGUAUUCUUACCUGCUCAAUCUUGUUGCCCAAAUGCUUGCUACCAGGGUGGGGGCGGAGGCCUGGCCUUUAUUUGGAUGUCAGGACCUGUACAUGAGUAGAGCUCCUCACUCUAAUAGCUCUGAGUUAGUUCAAGUCGCACAGAGAUGAGUUGGUAGAGAGAAGGGAGAAUAGAAACCUGGAGACCUGUGGGGCAGGGGCUGCUUGGGCAACAUGUCGUUGUGUGGCUCACAGGGGGCGCCACGGACAAAGGUGCCCCCAUGCAAAGCCACCUUUGCCAAAUAGUGAAUGAGAACGCAGUACUUCUCAUUACAAAAUAAGUUCCUACUAUCCUGCUGUUUACUAAAGAUCUCUUUAAACGUACAGGCUCCAGUAGUGUUUUCAAAAUGUGAUUUGAAUUAUGUAAGUUUGAUUUACAAACAGCCCUUCAGGAACACAUAAAAUGAGCUAUGUUUGGACGUGAUACUCAGACACCCCUGGCUGCUGUUGUCUUUUGCAUUAAAUCUUUCUCUUAAUUGAGAGUUUAGCUGCUUGGCUAUAGUUGCUGUAGUAAGUCUCUAUAUUACUGUGUUUCUCCCUGCAUCAUUGAGGGAAUAAUGACUUCAUAGUUAAAUCUGGGGACUCUGAUUUGGGACAACGCUUUUUAUUCCUUCUUGAAUAAACUUCUUAUUUGUGAAUAAUUUUAGACUUGCAGAGACGUUGCAAAGGUAGUACAGAGAGUUCCCAGUAUCACCCCACCCCCCACUACUAACAUCUUACUACUAAGAGACUUAUAUUGGUACAUUACUAGUAAUUGAACUUUAGACUUUAUUUGCAUUUUGUCAAUGGCCUUUUGAAACUGUCAGGGUGAAACUUGAUUCAUGGUGAAGGUCUAGAGUUUAAAAGCUAUCAGAAGUGAUCUGUGUCCUUUGAUAUAUACACAGUACUUACUGUCAGUGUAAAGCCAGUAGCUUCUGUUUUAGGUAAGAUUUUGAUGUAUUUUCUUUUGAACAUUUCUAUAUAGCAUUAAUAUUUGGUAGAGCUGAACUCCUUUUAUCCAUGUGGCCUCAUUUUUAUUGAUAUCUCUGUUCAUUUUAACUUAGCUAGUGAUAGGAAAAGAAAAUUGUUUUUCUGGCA